GCCGGGCUCCAGGCCCGGCUCUUCGCGGCGCGCCGGGCAGGGAGCGGCCGCGGGCCCCGCGGGAGGACGGGCGAGGGGCGGCGGCGUCGCGGCUGGGCGGAGCGCCCCCGCCCUUGCUCCCGCCCUGCUUCAACCCGCCAGGCUCCCGGGCCCGCGCCGCGCGCUUUCUCCGACAGCUGCCGCGGGAGUCGCGUCCUGUCCAUCUGUCCCCUCGGGUCGCCGCCCGCUGCUGCCGCGCUAUGACCACCCAGCAGAUCGUCCUCCAGGGACCGGGACCUUGGGGCUUUCGCCUUGUGGGCGGCAAGGACUUUGAGCAGCCUCUCGCCAUUUCCAGGGUAAGGGUAGCCUGGGACGCGCGUGGGAGCGGGGCGCGCUCCGGAGGGGACCUGCGGAGGCCGGGGCCCAGCGGGCACUAUCGAGGACGGACCGGAGACCGCGCGGGGCGCGUCCAGGUCACUCCUGGAAGCAAGGCUGCUAUAGCUAAUUUAUGUAUUGGAGAUGUGAUUACAGCCAUCGAUGGGGAAAAUACAAGCAAUAUGACGCACUUGGAGGCUCAGAACAAAAUCAAGGGCUGCACAGACAAUAUGACUCUCACGGUAGCCAGAUCGGAACAUAAAGUCUGGUCUCCCCUAGUGACUGAGGAAGGAAAGCGUCAUCCAUAUAAGAUGAAUCUAGCCUCGGAACCCCAAGAGAUCUUGCACAUAGGAAGUGCCCACAACCGAAGUGCCGUGCCCUUUACUGCCUCACCUGCCUCCAGUACUGCCCCCAGGGUCAUCAAAAAUCAGUACAACAACCCAGCUGGCCUCUACUCUUCUGAAAACAUCUCCAGCUUCAACAAUGCUGUGGAGUCCAAGACUGCAGCCAGCGGGGAGGAGACGAAUGGCAGACCCUUAGACCAUCCUCAGCCUUCAGGCGGCCUUGUCAUCAACAAAGAAUCUGAAGUGUACAAGAUGCUUCAGGAGAAACAGGAGUUAAACGAGCCCCCGAAGCAGUCCACAUCGUUCCUGGUUUUGCAGGAAAUCCUAGAGUCAGAGGAAAAAGGGGAUCCCAACAAACCCUCAGGAUUCCGAAGUGUUAAAGCUCCGGUCACCAAAGUGGCUGCAUCAAUUGGAAAUGCUCAGAAGUUGCCCAUGUGUGACAAAUGUGGCACUGGCAUUGUCGGGGUGUUUGUGAAGCUGCGGGACCGUCACCGCCACCCUGAGUGUUACGUGUGCACCGACUGUGGCACCAACCUGAAGCAGAAGGGCCAUUUCUUUGUAGAGGAUCAAAUCUAUUGUGAAAAGCAUGCCCGGGAGCGGGUCACACCACCCGAGGGCUACGACGUGGUCACCGUGUUCCCCAAGUGACGCAGCAGAUGAGUGCCGGCAGCCGCCCUCCAGCCAGCCUCGGCGCGCCUUGCCCUCUGAACGUUCUGGCCCCUCUUCUGCUCAGGGUUCUGCGCUUACUCGACCUUGGUUUUACCCCUGCUCCUUCAGCGCUGAGUCCCCCUUGGCUAACUGACUCGGCCUGGCUGUGUGAUGCCUGCUCUUACCCCAGUGAAGAUUGUUUGGUCAUUGUCCCCUAGCCGGCACCACUGUGCAUCUUCCUCACCUGGCCUCUUCUCUGCUGCAGAUGGACAUCAGUCAAGUUUGAACCAAACCAAAUUUAACACAUCUGACAUUGAUUUUGUUUUUACUCAAUAAAUUUAUAGAUUGUAAAAUAGG